CAUCGGUCCCAACUCGCAUCAGCACUAUCGUCCAGAUCGCUUUGACGUUAUCGGCCCAAACACAAUCUUCUAAUCUCUAAAACUGAACCGCAAAGCCCAAGAAUGCCUCCCCCGGUCCUGGAAUUCAACUACGACAUAUCGUGCCCCUUCGCAUACAUAGCCUCUACUCGCGUCGAGUCGCUCGCCUCUCGCACCGGCGCGACCCUGAUAUGGCGCCCCGUCCUCCUCGGUGCCAUCUAUCGUGCGACUGCUGCGCCGCAAGGCGCCGCGGGCUCCGCGUCCGACGUCUACAAUCCGACCAAGAAAGCCGUGACUGCGAAAUCGAUGCAACGCACGUUGAGGCGCUACCAGAUUGCUUAUAACCCACCGCCACAGCAUCCGCGAAAGACGGUGAAUGCUCUCAGGCUCCUAUACGCGGUCGAUGGGGAGGAGAGACGAGUGCUCACCAAGAGGCUGUAUCAGGCAUAUUGGGUUGAUGGGCGGGAUGUGAGCAAUGAUGAUGAGCUACUGAAGAUUGUGAGCGAAAGCGGGAUCAAUAGCGGGGCGAGGAUAACGAAAGAGACCUUUGGCGAUGCCCGCGCAAGGAGGGAACUGGAGAAGGCGACCGAAGAAGCUAUUGAACGCGGUGCUUUUGGUGUUCCAGGCUUCUGGGUCCAGCAAGAGACGUGGACCGACUUCAACGGAGAUCAGAUGGAAGGAAGAUACUACUGGGGCCAGGAUCGAAUGCACUUCGUGGAGGCCGCUCUACUCGCAAUCAAGAACGACGGCGACUGGAGUAAAGUCGAUGGAUUGGGGAAUUUGAUGCCGAGAUGUAUAUCUCAGAAUAGGGUAAAAGGGGCCGUCAAAGUCGAGUUUUGGUACGAUUUCAGCAGUCCGUGGGCCUUUUUGGGCUGGACGCAGCUGGAGAGGCUGAAGCAGACGUUUGGUCCCGAUCUGGAAAUCGUCAUGAAGCCCUUCCUGCUAGGCAUUCUGUUUCGCGAGAUUGGCGCGCCCAACCUCCCUCUGAGCGCUGUCUCUCCGUCCAAAGCCAUGUGGUUGCGACAAGACCACGCUGAUUGGGUCCGCUACUGGAACGCCGUCAACCGGCAAGAAGGCGGUCCGAACAUCCACUUCUACUGGACCGAUAACUUCCCAAUCCGUACUCCGACCGUUCUUCGAGUAGCAAUCGUUGAUCCGACUACCGUACCAACUUUGUAUCGCGCAUGUUGGGAACAGAAUGCUAACGUAUCUGAUGAGACCGUCCUGGCCGAAGUGCUCGGUAAGGGUGGCUUCAAUGGUCCUGAACUGAUCAAGAAAUCGAAUGCACCAGAUAUCAAAGCUAAGCUUCGCGAACUGACAGCUGAGGCGAAAACACAUGGAAUCUGUGGAGUACCCAGCUAUCGAGUUCUCCGGAUGAAUGCUAAGGGCGAUUGGGAUCACGUAGGAGGCAUCGUUUGGGGACAGGACGAGACCAACGUGGUCGAGGAUCUGAUUGCCGGUUGGGACCCUGAAAGGUCGGAGGCGAUUGCGGAGCCACGAAAGGUGGAGUCUGGGAGCGCAAAGACGGGUCCGCGUUUGUGAGGGAUACGGAUGAAAGGCUCAUGUUGGUGACUAAAAUGAAUGUUUGCUAUUCGACGCGCCAGCGCACUGUUUGCCUCAUCACCUCGCGCCCAUACGACAUGUCGCCCCACAGCUACUUCGCUAGGAACUCUAGUAUGUGGACA